AUGAUCACAAUCUGGUCAGCCAUCGUGCUGCUGAUGGGAGCAUGCCUCCUCCAUCGCGUCGGCCUGAUCCUGUAUCGCAUCUUCUUCCACCCUCUGGCCCACUUCCCCGGUCCGAAGCUCUACGCAGCCUCAUACCUCCCCUAUCUGUACCAGAACAAGAUCACCGGUACCCUGGCUAAAGACAUGCUCCACAUGCACGAAAGAUACGGCCCCAUCGUCCGCAUCUCUCCCACGCAGCUCGCAAUCGAAGGAUCCAUCGGAUGGCCCGAGGUCUUCUCCCGCCGCCCCAACGUCCCCGAAUUCGAAAAGAUCCCGACCUUCUACGGAGCCCGCGACGGAAUCGGCAUCCUCCCCGCCCAGCACGACGACCACCGCCGCCAACGCCGCCUCAUGGCCUACGCCUUCUCCGCCGGCGCCCUCUCCGAGCAGGAAUUUCACCUCGCCCACUACACCGAUCUCCUCAUCCAGCAACUGCGCAAGCAGACCGCGUCCGGCUCCCCCGUCGACAUCACGCGCUGGCUCAACUACCUCACGAUCGACAUCAUCAGCGAGCUCGCCUUCGCAGACUCCUUCUCCUGCCUCGACCGCACCGACUUCCACCCACUCGCCACAAUGAUCUUCAACAGCAUGCGCGCCAGCGCUCGCCUCUCCUUCUUCCAGCACUACCCCCUCCUUCGACCUCUCGCGCUUCUGUUCAACCGCGACAUGCACACCCGCCGCCAGUACUACGUCAUGGCGCGCGCCAAGGCUGAAAAGCGCAUCGCGCAAGGCGUCGACCACCCCCGCCGCGACUUCAUGGCCUACGUGCUCGGUAACAGCAAGGAUGGCUCGCGCGGUAUGUCCCACGACGAGAUGGUCGCUAACGCCCGCACCCUCAUCGGCGCAGGCAGCCACACUACCGCCUCUGCCCUCGCCGCCUUCGUCUUCUACCUGACGCAGACCUCCGACGUGUACGCCCGUUUGGCCUCCGAGAUCCGCUCUGCCUUCACCUCCCAGGACGAAAUCACCAUCAAGGCCACCGCCGCGCUGCCCUUCCUGCACGCCUGUCUCGUGGAAACCCUGCGCAUCCACCCGCCUCUGGCAGAGACUCCGCCUCGCAUCUCGCCCGGAUGGGUCGUCAACGACCGAUACAUUCCAAAGGGAACCCCAAUCUCCAUCUUCCAAUGGGCCACCACGCACUCCCCGCACAACUUCACCGACCCAGACCUCUUCGCCCCGCAGCGCUGGCUCCCAGCCGAUGAUCCUUUGUACGACGCGCGCUACGCAGACGACAACCGCGAGGCGUCGAAUCCGUUUACGACGGGCCCGCGCGACUGUCUCGGUAAGUACCUUGCUUAUGCGGAGAUGCGCAUGGUGGUGUCUCGGCUGCUGUGGAAUUUCGAUAUCGAGCUGGUUGACGGGCAGAUGGAUUGGGCGGAUCGUCAGCGGGUUUACAUUGUUUAUGAGAAGGGGGAGCUGUUGGUGAGGCUGAAGCCGUAUUUGCGUGAUGCUGAGUAG